GACCCAAUUGCCCAUGAACUAAAGAAGCUACCAGCAGCCGCAGCGAUAUCAACGACAAGCUAUCAUAAGCAUAUUCCUAGCAUCAUUUAUCCAUCACAUGCCAGCCAAAAUGUUGAAAUGGCUACUAAUACAUAUAUUUUUGAUUCAUUCAAUAUUUUGCCAAGAUGCACCUGCACAAAUGCCAUUCUUUGCGAACAGUGAUCCUAUGAUGUCAAAAUUAUCACAAAUUCAAUUUGCAGAUGCGCCAACACUCAAGGGUGAUAAGUAUCCUGAUGUUGAUGCUCAUCGCAUUAUCGCCCCAAUAAUCAGUCCGAUAAUGGAAGUUUUUGAUCAAAUGAAAGAAAACCAAAGAGCGCGAGAUCAAGCUGAAAAAAUAAGAAAAGAUCGCGAGGAUCAUCCAUUAAGUACUUCAAGAAGCUUAUGGGAAAUGUUUCAACGACUACAGAGACCUACUACUACAACAACAGAAGCCCCACCACUGAUUGAGCGGCUGUUUAAACCCUAUAUUGAACCGUGGCAAAAACAAUUGGACGAUUUUUCAAAAGAUAUGGCUGGAAUCACUUUAAUUCCUACAACAACUACGACGCCUGCUCCUACAACUACAACAACACCGAACUUCCUAGAAAAAUCGUUAUCAAUGUUCUUCCCAUCAUUGCGCCGUAAACCUCAAUCUAUUCCAACACUUCCACCAACAACUACUCCAACUCCUCGACUUUUCGAUCCGGAAAUGUUUGAUCGCUUAUUUUUCAAACGUGAUAAGAGACAAGCUACUAUUGCUCCUGCUCCGAAGUUCGAUAUAUUUACAGUCCCACCUCCGCCACCACUAUUUCAGGAAUGGGAAAAACCAAUUCUUUCUCUGUCCAAUCCUUUCACACUCAAUCCGCUGAUGAAAAUGUUCACUACACCAUCUCCUCCACAAACACUUGCUCCACUUCCUAAGAUUCCAGAACCAAACCCAUACGAAAUUAAAAAAGGAUUGCCAGAACCGCAAUUCAAGCUCCAGGAUCCAUUCUACAAUCCAUUAUUUCCAAGCAGAAAAAGCAAAAUGUUUGACUUCUUAGCAGGCGGAGAAGCUGGACGACUUCUUGGAUAAAUUUAUUUUUUUCGCUUUAAAUUAUUUGUGAACUCAUAAUAAUUACAUAAUAACUAAUAAAAAAGUUUUUCAUA